AUGAGGGCUGUGCUCUGGGCAUGCGUGCUCGUCCUCGCCCUUGCUGCGGCUCAGCAACAGCAGGUGCGGGCGGCGGCCGUGUCGACGACGGUACCGGCAUGGCCGUUCACCGUCACGUCGUUCAGCUCGACAGAUGACAGCGGCAGCGGCAGCGGCGUUGACGAUAUGAGUGGCAGCGGGAGUGGAGAUGACAUGGACGGCAGUGGCGGUGGUAGUGGGGAUGAUAUGGGAGGCAUGGACGGCAGCGGGAGUGGGGAUGACAUGGAUGGCAGUGGCAGCGGAAGCGGUAGCGGCUCUGGAGAUGAUGGCUUCCCUUCCACAUCAACCUCCACUUCAAGCACGUCAUCAACAACAACAACAACAACCACAACAACAACAACAACAACAACAACAACAAUAGUGACGACAUCAACGACAACAACAACCACAACAACAGCAACAACAGCAACAACAGUGACGACGACAACAACAACGACAACAACGACAACAACCACCACGGCCACUGAGGCGCCGUUGAGGCUCGUGGCGUUUGCGAUUGACCGCCAGAGGGGCGUCAUCGCCUUCAACAUGAGCCGACCCGCCAUCUUGGAUACAGUCGAUCCAACCAAGUGCAUCCUCCACGCUGGCAUCCCACCUGCUGCGUCGUUCAUUCGUUUGACCGGAGGAAUCGCCCGUUCCCUCACUCGCCGCCGCGAAGAAGCAACGGUGUUUGCGAUUGACAUGAACAGUCAGGACAAAACAGCACUCAAGCGCAACGUCGCCUUUGCUGACCCAACCACGUACCGGGUUGCGCUUGAGAGCGGGUUUGCGACUGCUGUUGGCGGCGCGAGUGUGCAGCCACAGACGGCAGAUGAAUCCCCAGCACCAUCCACCGACCUUGGUACCGUCCUCACCAACUCGCUGCAGGCAGACAACGAUGGUGACGACGACAACAUCACCGGUGGCGCCAUUGCAGGCAUUGUCAUUGGCUGCGUGGCUGUCAUUGCCAUCACGGCUGCCGUGUUCGUCCACCACCGCCGCCGCCACGCCGGCCACUACCUGCCCAUGGGUGUGCAGGCAUCGACGCUCCCAGCAACAAAAUCAUCAUCAUCAUCAUCGCCAUCCUCACCGCCGUCCUCGUCUGCAAAGGGCAAGAAGCGGCGUGGUGGCAAGCGCAGCUCUGGGCAGCAGCUUGCCGAGGCAGACGCUGACGGCAUUGUCACGUUUGACAACUACCACGAGGACUACCGCGUGUACCGCCUGGAGGGCGACAACGGCUUUGGCACCGGCCCACACGCCAACUUCCCCUUCAACGGUGGCGGCGCAGGCAACGGCUUUGACAACGGCUUUGACAAUGGGUUCAGCGUGCCCGUCACGCCCUACCAUCAGCUGCCGCUCGCCGCUGCCGCUUUUCCACCUCGCACGGUCCUCGUUGCCGUGCGCGUGCCUGCUGCUCCGGCAUAUUACAGCCUCCAGUUCUCGCCCGGCGACACGCUCGUGUACAUUGGGCCCGGCGCUGCCCAGGGGUACAUCAAGGCGUGCAAUGCCGUGGGGGAGGUGGGCGAUGUUCCUGUCGACUGCGUGGAGCGCGCAGAUGCGCCUGCUGACCUCCUCUUUGCUGACGUCGUCACUGGCAGCGGUGGCGGUGAUGGUGGUGGUGGUGGCCAUGGUGGUCUCGGUGUGCAUCCGCACGCGCUGCAGCGGCGACAGGUGAGCGAGCAGUCGUACCGGAUUGACGUGGACGAGGUGGUGGAGCGGUCCCAGUCUGCCACGCCAACUGUCGACACAGCGCACAGCGCAGCCACCGUCACCACGGCUGUGAGCGCUGGUGAUGGCGUGGAGGAGGUGCACCCCUUGGAUGACGACCUUCAGCUCUUGGAGGCAGACGACGGCUGGGUUCGCAUUCCAAUUGGUGAUCGCACACGCGCACAACAACAACAGCAGCAGCAGCAGCAGCCGAUGGGCGGGUACACGUCGCACGUGCACGUGGAUGUUGACGUGAGUGGUCGCGGUGAUGGUGAUGGUGAUUGUGAUGAUCGGUUUGCGCCACUGCGCGACAUGCCUGGCGACUGGCGGGUGGACGCUGCCAGUGAUGAAACCUCAACCGGGUCGAGCACACGCACCAGCCAGCACCGGCCACCACCCGAUGGUGAUGGUGGUGAGAGCGCAACGACGGCGGUGACGACGGUCGAUGAGGACAUGAGUGUGAUGAGUCAACUUGUUGACAACAUCAUCUGGCCAGAACAGCAACAGCAACAGCAGCAGCAGCAACAGCAGCAGCAACAAGGCGGCAGCGCCAGCAGCGGUGGCGAGGAUGAGUAUGGCCACCACCGCUACACGCCGCGGCGCAAGGACAACCCGCGGCGCAGGGUGACAGACGUUGACCGUGCCAUGCAAGAGCGCCGGAGGAAACAGUCGAGCGAUGAUGGCACUGGUGGUGAUGGGUUCGGCGAUGAUUAUGGCAAUGGUGAUGUUGGUGUUGGUGUUGGUGCGUCCGUCUUGGGGACUGUGCAGGGUGACGAGCGGACAGGGGCGGCGGUUGGUGAAGACUCUGCAGCCCGUGAAGGUGGUGGUGGUGGUGGUGGUGACACGAGUGUUGUUGAGCAACACCUGACGCUGAGCUGGCCGGACCCGAAUGCCUUGGAGGUCUACGUCAAGACGAGCGCUGACGACUGGCUCCAGCUCCACCCGCUCACCCGCACGUGA